AUGGACACGUUCGUUUUUGUCUACGGAACCCUCAAGCGUGGAUUUAUCAACUAUGAGCGAUACCUUCACCCGGCAGAACUCGCAGGCAAGGUUGAAUUUAUAGGAACGGGGCUUACAGCUUGCGCCGAAUUCCAUCUGGUGCUAAAUCCAGACCGCUCCGUGCCAUGUAUGUACCGGGCGAACGUAGAUGGUUAUCAAGUUCCAGGGGAGAUUUUUCGAGUGGAUGCAGAUGCACUCAUGGCGCUUGAUAUAUUGGAGGCCAUUAAAGACAACUAUUAUGUGCGCGAGGAAAUUCAAGUUAGUAUUGUCGAAGGAAAAAUGAUGCACCAGACUAUUACAUGCCAGGUGUACAUCAUGCACGCUCGAGAGGAAUUGCUCAAGCUCAAGCGCAUCCCCGAAUACACCCUAGCCAUGCACAAAACGUAUCAGUCGCGUACGCAAGUGCCCGAUCUUGAGGUGUUAAAAUGCCUGUUUGGCGAUCGUGUGACUGACGCUGUGCAAUGCAAGAUAAACGAGGGUAUGAAUUUUAUUACUGCCUGGAAGGCAGUGACAGGAACUCUCGGACAGAGCGGGAAAUGA